AUGCCUAGAUUAUUUGAUUUGCCAUUUGGUCACAUUGCUGAUAUGCAUUUUGUAUAUGGAUUUUGUAAUGGCAAUGCUCGAGCCGCUGUGCAAGAGUAUAGGCUCCGAUAUCCGGAAAGACCUGUUUUAGGAUAUCGAUCGUUUAUCGCUAUUCAUAGACAUCUGGCAGAGUUUGGAUCAGUACGAAAUCGUAAUGAACAAGGUGCAAUGUUGGAUGUAGAAUUAGAAGAAGAAGUGUUGGAUAUAAUUGCUAGGGAUCCGACUACAAGUAUCCGUCGCAUAUCUGCAAGGCUGGGUGUAUCAAAGACCUGUGUAUGGAGAAUUUUGAAAAAAGAGGGCCUUCAUCCAUAUCGUUUUCGUAGAUCUCACAAUUUAGUAAUUGGGGAUAGUGCUGCCAGAUUAGUUUUUUGUACGUGGCUCCUUUGCGAACACAGAAGAACUAUGGAUUUUUUGAAACACAUUUUAUGGACGGAUGAAGCCACAUUUACCAGAACAGGUAUAACUAAUCACCGUAACGCACAUCUGUGGGCGGUUGAAAAUCCCCAUGCUCUAUGGCCAACUACAUUCCAACAUCAAUUUUCAAUUAAUGUUUGGGCUGGAAUGAUAGACGAUUUAGUUAUUGGACCAUAUGUUUUACCUAAUCGGUUAAAUCAAAAUACUUUCUUGGAAUUUUUACGAGAGAUAUUGCCAGUACUCUUAGAAGAUGUACCACUUGCAACUCGCCAAGUAAUGUGGUUUCAACUUGAUGGCGCUCCUGCACAUUUUGCUCGUUUAGUACGUCAAUUUUUGAAUACGCAUUAUCCACGAUGGAUUGGGCGUGGAGGUAGAAUAGCUUGGCCACCACGAUCUCCCGAUCUAACGCCUUUAGAUUUUUAUUUGUGGGGAUCCAUGAAACAGAAAGUUUAUGCUGUUGUCAUCGAGAGCCGUGAGCAAUUAUUGGACCGCAUUGAUAUAGCAGCAGAAGAAAUACGACAAAAUCAUGCUGAAAUACAAAGGACUACACAAAGUGUUUCAUUUAGAGCUCAAGCUUGUUUGCAGUCAGGUGGAGAACACUUUGAAAAUCUUAUUAAUUAA